CAUCAACUUUUGCUACUAGAUGAGCGUUGUGCAAAGCUAGUUAGCUAACUACAUAACAUAUACAUGUAUAAGCUAAUUUGUCGUCGCGUGUGGUGCAUUUCUGCUACUGUAAUUCAGCCUGGGAUCUGCAGUCGUCAACAAUCCAACAAAUUCCAGGAGUGACGAGAAGACUCCAUUUUCGUACGCUGCCGGGCUGCCCAGCAAGACGGCGGAAAGCUAGCUGGUUAUGUUGCUAGGCUAACUUUCCCUGCCAGGCGAACGGGAGCCAAAGCAAGCGAGCAGCUUGCGAUAAAUUGUCUAUCUGACGAUACUUUCGUUGACUACAAACGACUCCCAGCAUGCUGAUGGUGGGAGGCAAUGGACGGAUGCACUAGAAUGAGUGUGAAGGAGCUGUGUGAGACCGAUGACCUGGCCACCGGUUUGGUGCUGGACCCUCUGCUGGGCUUCAGCACACACAAAAUGAACAUCAGUCCACCUCCGGAGAUCCGCCGUUGGGGUAAUCUCAAAGAGACCCUGUUGCGGUUUCAGCGUACGCACGACUUCAACGCUACGUUCGAGGCGCUGACAGUGGGCGAACUGGCUGGUGACUACUUUAACGCGUUGGGAAGCCAUCGUCAGGAGCUGCUGAGGCAACAUGUGUAUCGCUACCUCAGUGCCUUCCUGUUGGAUAGCGGUGUCAAGAUAGAGUCGUGUGACAGAUACUCCUCAGAGACCAACGGAGCAAAGAUAACCUCAACGAGGCACUGGUUUGCAGGAGAGCGGGUGGAGGUCCUGCUGGGCUGCAUAGCAGAGCUGAGCCCCGCUGACAGCGCUGUGCUGAGGGCAGGAGUCAAUGACUUCAGUGUGAUGUAUUCCACACGCAAACGCUGCGCUCAGCUCUGGCUCGGGCCUGCAGCUUUCAUUAACCAUGACUGCAAACCAAACUGCAAGUUCGUCCCUGGUGAGAAGAAUAUCGCUUGUGUUGAGGUGAUUCGACCCAUCUCACCAGGGGAGGAGAUCACAUGUUACUAUGGUGCCAGCUUUUUUGGAGAAGGCAAUGAAAUGUGUGAAUGCUGCACCUGUGAGAGGAACGGAGAGGGUCACUUCAAACACAGAGGGAAGCAGCCUGAAUGUGAAGAAACAAAGGACCCUUUGGGCCAAAAGUACCGACUGAGAGAGCGAUAUCUUCGUCAUCACAGAGAAAAGGGUCACUUUCCUGCAAGGCCGAUAAUACCAGGAAUACACUCAGGUAUCUUUAAAGCCAUCCCCUCAAGGAAUUCCUUUACCCAGCAGAUGAGGAGAAAUGCCUUGAAGAACAGAAAAUUUAGUCAAACAAAGAAGUGGAGACGAGAGAAGCACAGACGAUCAGGAAAGCACCCAUUGAAAUCCUCCACGGUAAAACAGCGUCGGACAGCUCCGCCCUUGUCCCAGGUUACUCUGAGGGACUUUACAAUCAGAGUACGGCGCCACUCUGUGGAUUUCUUACUCAACUGUAAGAAUCCAAAAAGCAAAGAAAGGGCCUUGCUUCAACAACUGGAGGAAGUGAAGCCAGGCGAUAACAGGCUGAUUGAACUGAAUUCAGCUGGUGAAGAAAAUAACAACAGUGAGGUAAACCUGAAGCCUUUCGCUCUAAAUUCCUCCAUGUCUGUUCAUCAGAAAAAUAGACCUCCAGUCAGUAGCGCAGGCCUUAAUGGAAAGUCUGUUAGAGUGUUGGAUAGGCGGGCAGUUCACAAGAAGACCUCUUCGAGAGCAAGAAACAUGGACGACACAACGCUCACACAUCAAACAGAUUCCAGUAACACAGCCAACAAUGCAACUAUUCGUCACCCUGUCAAAAAUGACAAAACAUGCACUGCAAUAAAUCACGAAAAGAUCGAAAAACAGAGCCAAAGCAGCAUUGAGUCACGUGUCAAAGACGCGGCUCAAAAUCCAGCUGCUGAGCCGACAGAGCGCAGGACUGUCAGAGCUUCAUCGAUGUUAGAAGUUCGUCAGAGUGUCACAGAUACGUCGAAGAAAGCCGGGGACAAUCCAUUGAUAUCGUUGAAGCAAUAUCUUAGAGUCAACCUAACAAGGUUAUCAGUGCCACAAAGUGUAGGAACAGAAAAGACAUUUGAAGAUGGGAAAGGAAGUGCGGUGGUACGAGGAAGGAGCAGGCAGAGUCUGAGACCAGCAGUUCUGACAGUACAGCCAGAGAGAAGAGCGUCCAGAGCUCAACAAAGGCAGGGUGGAAGUUCAGAGAUCCGCACAGCUGAAGGUAACAGAGGGGUGAGGGAAAUGUUUUUCAAGGCCAUCAAUAAAGUAAACGUAAGGAAGCGACACGCAGGUGAAUCUGUAGGCGAUUCAUCCCACAGCGAGAAAGGGGAGAAUGACAAGGUUAUCGAAAUACAAACCGUGUCAGAAGAAACUGCUGAUAUCCAGAAGGAGCAGCAGGAUGUUGAAAAAGGCAAAAUUCAAGAGCAGAAAAAAGAGCGAAAUGCUGCAUCUACAGUUACGGAAGAAGUGAAGGAGUCUGAAUGUAAAAUAGUACCCAGUGAAAAACCUAGAGGGCAAAAUAACAGGUGUAUUAGACAUAAAGUCAAGGGAGUUGUUAAAACAUCGGAACAUAUGACAAGGAGUAUGAAUAAGCAUCCAGCAAGUAGGCAUGAAGAAGAUAUUGUCAUAAAGCAGGCAAAGGUUCUGCUAUCUGAUAUCUUAAGAAAAGAUAAACCCUUAAUAGAUACGAGAUUACACGGAGAUAUAGUCAGAAGAGGGUUUUCUAUGUUGGUCUCUAAAGAAAUGAAGAGUGCCAAGGAGGAAGGUGAACAGACUGAAAUAAACGGAGACAGGUACCACGGUUCAGUGCAGACGAGGAUUAUGAGACAACGAAAGAUGAGGCCUAGAUCAGCGAAAACAAAAGCAGAAAGUAAGCAAAGCACUAAGGGACAGUCGAACAAAGAGGUUCCAGCGACAGUGAAGACUCAGUCGAGUGAGGAAAGUUUGCAGCCUCAGUCGCCACAGAGACAUAAUAACCCACCGGCUACCUGCCUCAACCCACUACCUCACAACUCACUAAUUUCAGCAAAAGCCACGGGUGGUCUGCAUCCAGACACCAAUCCACAGGCACACACGCAGUCCAACAUACCUCUGAAGAAACGUACAUUUCGCAGUUCUGUGGAAGUAGACUCCGAGCAAGGCUUGAAUUCUGCUUCAGAUCAAACGUCUAAAGAAGCCACUGAGGUAACUCCAUCGGCAGAGCUGAGGCAGGACCUGACCACGCGUUCAGAGGAGAGUAGCACAGUGAAAAGAGAUGGUAAAAGCAGAUUGAGGAGAACAGAAGUCCAGAGGUUAAUGCCCAAAAGGAUCACAACCUUUAACCGAGUGCUUCGCUCCAGAGCUAAUGAAGUUCAGCGCGGCCAUUUAUUGAGGAAAGUUCGAAAGUGUAAAUUAGAGAGGCAGCACGAGGAUGACAUUGACAAGACUCAGAUAUUAGAGAAUAAUAAGCUCGCUGAGGACAAACAAGCAGAGGAUCCCGCUAAACUCCAAGAGGAAUGUGGUAAAAGUGCAAUUUCAAAUAAAAGUCAAAAGGAAGAUAGGGUGGAAACGUUAAUCCAGCAAAGUUUUUUGGAGGACACGAAGCCGGGCCUCAAUUUUAAGAUUCGUUUUAAGAGAAAGAGAGGGAGAGUAUGGGAGAUGCAGAGAGAAGGACUUGAAAAUGUGGCGUUGAAAAUAGAAAAGGGAGACGAGUUGGUGACAUGCGAUCCUUUCAAAGCCAUCAUGGACUCUGUAUCGGUUUUAAACAUGGAGAUGGAGGCAGCUCAGGCUCAUGUGCACGCUAGUAAGAGGUCAAAGAACAGACUGCAUCGUUUGAAAAAGAGAGGUGAGAGGCUUUGUGAAAGGCGAACUGUGAACGUGUCCUCAGAUGGAAAAUCAGGCAAAGGCCUUGAAAGUGUAUCCGGAACCAGUACCGCAACACACAAAGUAGAAAUUAAAGAGAAGCUCGUUGGAGAACUCGUAGAUGAAGUCAAGCUGCCGCCAGAAAAAAUCGAGAGUUGUAAAAAUGACAGUAGCGUUGUUGUGGGGCGAGAAACAAAAAUUGAGGAUCGUUUUGUAAAGAAUUGCUGCUUGUUUGAAAGUGGGCCACAGCAGAAGCUGGAGCCUGAAUUGGAUGUAAAUGGUCUUCUGUUACCAGUAAUUAAACUACGCAGAAAGACGGAGGACAUUUGGGAGGUAGACAGCAAAGAGGAGCUCAGGCAGACUGAACUUAAAGUAGAGCCCAUUGUUAAGAAAGAGAUGAAGGGUCACAUUUUAGGGAAACAAAAGAAAGGCUGUCUUGAUUUUAGCAAGUUCAAGGAAGAGUCUUCGUCUUUGCAGAGACCGAACAGCAACUCGGCCCUUCUCAAAACAGAACCGCCGCCAUUUUCCUUAUCUCUGUCGCCGCUGUCUCUCUCUUCCCCUCUUAAUGACAAUAAAGCUGAAGUUAUAUCCUUGGCUGCAGAUACAGUCACUGAAAGGCCAGAGAUGAACAGCGGAGGAAGGAAACAGAGGCACAAAAUGGAGAGAGCACGCAAGUGUGGGCCUGUGGAAACACCCACCACUUGUCUUAGUCACACACUCCAACAAAUUGACAACAGUCUCUCGAAGCUCUCUGAGGGCUUGUGUUCAUCUCAGACUUUGGAAAAGCCACCAGCCUGUUCCGGGGCUUCUAAUUCUGUCAUCCAGCCGCCGUCCCAGUCUCCCCCGUUCACAACCGCAGAUAACAUGCUCUCCGGUGAUUCCAGCUUCACAAACUGCUGUGACGAUAUUCUGGACUUUCAGUGUCUCAACUUCGAGGGGUAUUAUCAGCCACAGAACAUACUUCCAUCGUCCCCGUCAGAUCUGUGUUCGCUGGAUCCACCCACAGAUCCUUUCAGCAGUCCGCUCUCUCACAGCCCCUCUGAUACAUGGACGACUGAAACGCCAUACCUCGGCCCUCCCAGUCCAGGAAAUAACUUCACCAGUGAGGAUCUGCAGUUUUUUCCAGGUCUAAUUUCUUCCAAAAGUGACUCUGUAACUCUGGAAUGUGAAGGGAAGGAUACCUCCAAAGACAGAAACCCACUCAACCCCACUUUCAGUUUCUCAGCUCUUAGCAACUCUGACAUGACUGCCAAGGAUCGGCUUGUAAGUAAAAACCCAGCAAUGAGACUGUCCCGAGAAGACCUCAAAGCUCAGCCCCUGUCUGUCGUCAGCAAGCCUCGGCUGUUUGGUGCAACAUCAUUGGCUACAUCGCAAAUUCCUGUUCCUUUAACCCAACCCCCCUUCAACGUCAAGGCGAGCACCAGUCAACCAAAAGGCCAGUCUAACCUGAGAACCCAGGGCCCCUUCCAUCGCAUGACCAUUCCUAGUAAAUCCCAGUCGUUUGGAAGUAGUCAGCCAAACACAGUCAGAGGAGUGUCCCAGAGCUGCUUGACGAAAUCUGUCCCGUCAUCUCAAAUGUCUAACCGAUUCCUGGCUCCUCAACUCUUCACUGUGAAACACCCCAAUCCUCCCGACAAUCCAUUCAAGUUCCACGAGAAAACCUCUACAGUUAUCCACAGGGUGCUUAAGUUUCAGGGCGGGAACCAGAGUCAGAACUUGUACAGUGCACCUUGUAAAGAGACCGUGGCUGCUGGCGGCCCGGUCAUCACAACCAGAACAGUCGGUGCAAAAUCAGCCCCUGUUGAGAAGCAGGGUCAGAAACUAGUUGUUAGUACAGACAGUCAUAAAGGCAGCAUCUCUGUUCAAGGGUUUGGCAAGGAUGUCGGCCAUCUCGGUUCCCCCAACUCCAGCAGGUCCAACCUUCAUUUCAACAAACCCAACGCAGCUUUCCCUCAGUCUUUUAUUAAAAGCAAGAUGUCGUCUGACAAACAUGAAAGUGUUGAAACCCACACCUACAGAAACCUUUCAGCGCUGCCGAGACCCUUCUUCUCUCCCAGCAAAAUGUCUGACAGUUAUUCCUCACAGCAAGACAAGAGUUUAAGACAGGAUAAAUCCACUAUGUCGACCUCAGACAAGCACCAGCCAUGUUACACUCAGCAAGACCCCUUUGAUUUUAGCUUUGGCCACUCUCUUUCACCCAUGUCUCAGCACAACAGCCCCCAAGUGAUCCACAGUACACCUCCUGGUACGCCAGCACCAGCACACAAGAGUCAGUCCACAACCUCAGCCUCCUCAGCCUCUUUCCCUUAUGGCUAUCAAGGUCCUCCUUAUGUGCUUAACUUCAGUGGAGAUCAUUCACUGACCCUGGGUCUCAGGGAUGGGGCUGAGGGUUACCCAGGAUUGGGCUCGGCAAACUACACCUACCACUGCCUGAUGGAACCUUCGGGCACCCAAGGGCGGCUGGUUCUGGAGCCCUGCGGACCCCAGCUGUCUAACCCAGCGUCUUUUUCCUUGGGUGGGUUUUCAGGGCUCAAAGGUCAGGACGAACAUUGCAGGAAGGACGUGCAGCAGCAGUGCCAGCCUGGGGACCACCAAGGCCCACCACACUAUGAACCUGUUACGUCUCACUCCAUGGGCGCUACAAAACCCAAGAGAGUGAGGUUAGUGGUGACAGACGGCACAGUAGACUUAGAUCUCCAGUACUCGGAUUGAUUUCUACCCGCCAGAGUCACUGGAUCCCAGAAUUUAUUUGGAUGUUGGCGGAUUACACAGCAUCUGCCACAAGAUGUUUUUGUAAACACUGUAAUUCAUAGUCUACCAGUUAUUACAGCCCGCUGACUGAUUGACAUUUUUCUAAAUCAUUAUUUUGAUGAACUGUUAAUGUAUGAAUAACUUGUACAGGGUUUUAUGUGCAGCGGGCGCAUCAGCGUGUUUUAACUACUGUAUGAUUUUUACAAAAAUGAAAUAUCCACUACAAUUUGCUGCGAAUACCAAAUUAAGAAUGCAUAAAGAAAACGAAGCAUUAAUAUAUUUGUGACUUGGAGUUGCAGGCCCUGUAAACCUUGAAAGCCCUCUUACUGUACUGUAACAUAGCUGUAUGAAUUUUUCUAUACCAUGUAUGGCAGUGGAGACAGGAGCACCACCAUCGGUUGCUGGUACUUGUAAAAAGGCAGCUUUUUGCCUCGGUCUUUGAUAUGUUCUUGUGACUUUUUGAAGCACCUGUUGAAACAGUCCACCCUCGUUUUUAUACUCACACUAAACUCUUUUCUCACUUUGUGCGUGUAACUAACUGUGUGCGAGUGUGUGCAUGCGUUUUGCAGUCAGGUCUCAAGGGAUCAAAGUUAGGUGUGUUGUCGUACCUGAUCAUAUGACUGUUGCUCUGUGAAAGUUUUGUAAGGUCAUUAGUGCGUCAAUGAAAGGUUUGUGCAUGAGCCGUGUACAGUAAAACCAUUUCCCAACCUGAAACUAUAUAUAUUUACGGACAGCUGUGCCGGGUGAAGACAUGUGUGACAUGAGCUGCAGCUUUUCACAGCUGCUCCCUUGAGUACACAUGUGGAUGAGCGAGUGGGAGAAACUGCAAUAUGGUUUUUUAGGCCAGUUGUGCUUAAUGGAUUGAAGAAUUGUACAUCGUGAAAUCUUUGUAAUGGUACUUCUCCCAAUUGGAAGUUUAAAAGAAAUUUUACCAAGCUAGAUCAAGAAAAGUGACAAUCUUCUCACAGAGUAACUCACUUUUGUCAUUUAUUUGGCCUUUUUUUUUAAAGGUGUUAAUGAUUGUUAUAGAGCAAGAACAGUAGGAUACGUUUUUCACCACCUACAGUAGUUAAAGUCUUUUAUUUUGCUGUUGCUGAUGGAGCUACACGUUCGUAGGUGUUUAUAUUGUAAGCAGAGUUAUUUGCUGUUGAUUGUGGAAGUCACACCAGCAUUCCCCUCAUGUCAUGAUGUAUUGUAUGUUUAACCCAUUUGACAUCUUUGGGCUGGAGUGUUCAGUGUGACUGCACAGCAUUACAUUACUACCAUGAAAAUGUACUGUCUUGAUAUGGAAAGGCCAAUUAUUUAUUUUAAUAUCCUCAUCCUUGAAAUGGUGCUUUAAUGUAAUUUAUAUUUCACAUUAAUUGUUCAAAAAUAUUAAAUGUUUUUUAUUAUUAUUUAAUGGGACAAAAUACUGAACUAAAUAUUUACAUCGAGUAUUUAAUUUCAAAGCCUUUGACAUCCAGUUUUUCAGUUGUUACAGGUGAAACUUUCUCUGUCUUUUUUCUAAUUGGCAGUUAGUCUUACUGAAAGUCUGCUGUAGAAAUGUACAAAUGUAGCCUAUAUCA